AUGGCCACAGGUGUACAAAAUCAAGCACCUAGGCAUGCAGACUGCUUCUACAAACAUUUGUGCAAGAUUGGGGUGUUCUCAGGAGCUUAGUGAAUUAAAGUGUGGUACCGUGAUAGGUUGCCACCUGUGCAAUAAGUCCAUCUUUGAAAUUUCCUUGCUACUAAAUAUUCCACGGUCAACUGUUAGUUGUAUUUUAACAAAAUGGAAACAACUGGGAACAACAGCAACUCAGCCACGAUGUGGUAGGCCACGUAAAAUGACAGAGUGGGGUCAGCGCAUGCUGAAGCUUACAGUGCGCAGAAGUCGCCAAUUGUCUGCAGAGUCAAUGGCUAAAGACCUCCAAACUUCAUGUGGCCUUCAGAUUAGCACAACAAAAGUGCGUAGAGAGCUUCAUGGAAUGGGUUUCCAUAGCCAAGCUGCUGCAUCCAAG